AUGAAACAUAAAAUCAACAUAAUAUGUCUUUUUUAUUACAAGGGUGAAGAAGGAUCUGAUAUGAAAUUAGAUUUUACAUUUGACUCUGAAUUAGCUCAGUUAACUGAACAGAAAAUAACCACUACAAGUUCAAUUUCUCAUACCAUGCAAGUCAGUAACGGUACACCAGGUGUUGGAGUACAAUCACCAAUUUCACCUUCUACUGAUGAACUCAAUUUGAAAAUAGCUUCAGUAAAAAAGGUUUGGGAGAAUGUACCUCCAAUGCCAACCGUUUUGGAACAUCCUCCACAAAGUGGUAAUGGCACAAAUGAGGAAGUGUCUCAUUCUGAUAAUUCAUUUGUUUCCUUUUCUGGUAAUAAUGAUCAUAGUACAAAUCCAUUGAUGAAUGGCACUGUUGAUAAUAGUCAGAAUAGGAAAGAUUGCCCUAACAUUGAUUCAUCUGAGGUUUCUUUCAGAACAAGUCCAUCUAUACAACAAACUGGAAAUAAUACAUUACCUGUUAGUUUGGUUCCAAAAGGUGUAAUGAAUAUGGAACCCAAUAUAUGUAAAGUUAAACCUCAGGUUCAGUCACAUCAAAAUAAUCAAAUUCCUGGCUGUACUGGACCAGUUAGUCCUCCACCUAUUGGUCUUGAUACCAAUAUUGGAAUCAGAACAUUGGCUGGAUUAGCAAGUUCUGUUCAAGUUGCAGGUAUACCUGCAGUUCCAAGUCCUCCAACAGUUCUCUUCAAUUCUUCUCAACAGAUGGCCCAAACAGGCUUAUAUCAGCACCUUCAAAUGGACAGUAGCCAAGUAUUAACUCAACAAUCCAGAGCUGUAGCUGCCGCUGCAGCUGCUGCUAUGGCACAGUUUUCACAAACUCCUCAUGGUUAUGCUGCCCCUUUGGGAACUUACGGAUUAUCUCAUCAACCAGCAAGUGCUCAACUUUCAAAUGCAUUUGGUCAGCAAAGUAUGUUUAUGCAAACACCACCUGCUGCUCAUCAAGCACAAGAUCUGUAUUCUUCAAGUCAAUACAGAGUACAACCUCCUUAUGCCCAAGGACAGCAUGUAACAUCAAUGUCAUCAAAUCAGGUUCUUAAUGUAAAUGCCCAACAAAAUUUAUCUACUUCUCAUCUGUUGGGUUCUCAGUUAGUUCAAACACGCCCAACACCUGGACCUGCACCUAGCCCUGCAGGACCUCCAACUCCACAUAUUCAAAGUCUUCAUGGAAUUCAAACAGUACAGCCUGCUCCAGCAACAUCAUACUAUUCUACAUCUGCCCAAGGUCAAAGUGCUACUAAUUUUUAUCCACAACCUACGCCUUUAACAGCUCCAGGAUCACCAAUGCAACAACAGCAACCACCCCAAUUUCCAUCGCAACAAGGAUUUAGUUCUCAGUCGGCAUUGAAUGUUCUAACUCCUGCUGCACCAGCAACACAAAAUUUUCGCAGCUUUGGUGGUCAUCAAUUUAAAGCUACUGGAGCUGUGAUGAAUAAUAUUACAGGUGUAACUGAUACACUGCGCAGUAGCUCUCAUUCUCCAACAAUGGAUAGCAGUAUUUGUUCACGAGGAGGUAUGUUUGCAGUUGGAAAUACUACUACUACCACAGUAAAUUCAGGUUCUGUAAUGACUGUCCCUCAAAUAAGUAGCAGUGGAAUGAGCAAUAAGAUGGGUCAGCAGCAACAAGUAGCUGCUUGCACUAGUCCUGGAAAUGUCCGAUUAACCAAUAGUCAGCGAUUAACUGUACAAUCUCCCACAGUUACAGGUGGUAAAGGAACACAGCAUGGACUUACCCAAUCUCCUCAACAAUAUUAUCCAUUUAACCAACCAAAAUAUAAUCAUGUUCAAGCUACUAAUCCAAAUAUUCGUCCAGUUAUUUACCAGGGUGUAGUACGUAAUAAUCCACAUCAAGCUCAGUAUGGUGGUACAACAAACACGAUACAUUAUCCAUCUCCUAUUCAAAGACCAGGACAUAACUCGUCCCAACAACAAACAGCACAACAGUCACAGAGAAAUGUUGGCCGAUCACAGAACAGUGGGAUCAAAGUAACUGCCCAGCUGACUUCGGCCCAGCAGGCAAAACUGAGAGCCGAAGCUGUCCAACAAACUCACAUGUUUUUUAGUCAGACGUCAGGUGGAAAGGCAAAGAUAGAGAAUAGCGGAUUAGAAAAGCGAACAAGUACAUCAAAUGCCAGCAUCGAAGACACGAAAGGAUUGAAGGCCAACGAAAUACCCACUAAUCCGACACUGUCUCAAGGUGAAGCCGAUACUAAAAAGGCCAUCGAAAACAAGGAUAAGCUCGAAGAAUGAGCAGUUUUCAAGCUAUCAAUUAGUUUUCAACAUUAAUACCAAAUGUAUUUCUGGUAUUUUUCUACGGAUGAUGGGACAGCGGUGCUCUGGGAAUAAUGUAAAAUUGAAGGGAUGGUUUUUGGCUUUACUUAUAUCCCAUCACCCAGUCCUCUGUCGAUAGGAUACGACCUCCUGCUUUUCUUUAUAGUGAAAAAAACAACAAUGCCAAUUAUCCGGGGGGAGAGCAGUCGAAUAUUUGUAAGGUCUGUGGCACACUUUCCCUCCACCGAGAAAAACUUAAAAAUGCAUUUUCUUUGUUCGUUUUGUGAGUGUCGUGCAAAAUGUGUACCCUCCUAUACGGAAUGUUUACAAGACGGACAAUGAUGGGAAGAAAAACUGGAAUUGUCGUCCGAAGGGUCCGGAAGAUAAUUACUAAUACUACUAUACUAUCAUCAUCACGCCUUGGUAUUUUGCGAUAGUUAGUCAGGUUUCUAAGAGUUAGAAAAAAAAUUCCUAGAAAUGUGGAAAUAAUAGUUUACAUUUUGCAUGUGAUGGGCACCUGUGGUUAUCUAAUAUGUAGCUGAUAGCUAGUGUUGCUGUGAUUUACAGCAUUGUCACUUCUGUUGGAAGCCAUACAAUCUGGAAUCACUCGCUAUAACUUCAGAUUACUUCCUAACAAAUCAGAACUAACUAUAAGACUUUCUUAUUGGUCUGAUAAUCUAUAGUAAAAAAAAAAUACAAUCCCAAAUCUACAUACACGAGGAAAUAAGUCAAAAAAAUACAUACAUAAAUAAAAAAAUUUAAAAAAAGAUGAGUGGAGACAGAUUUUACACGAGAGACAGACACAGAAAGAGAAGAGUGAGGACCAAAAUGGUGAACAUUCACAAAGGGAUUGUGUAGAUGAUUUAAAAAAAAGCUAAUUUUGUGUUUUAUGGUGUAAACAAUUUGUACACCUUCCUGUGUACGUUAUAUACAGUAUAAGUAAGAGCUGCCAUUAGCUUAUAUAAAAAAAAUAGUAGUGGUUUCGCAGAAAAGUCACCGGAUGCUAAUUCCGUAAACUCGGAUUACUUCCCGUUCAACACACUCCAUAAAACAAAUACUGCGGGGAGUGAACUCUGUCCCACCUCCAUUUUCCCCCCUCCGUCAUUUGAUUCUUGCAUUCGUGUUUCAAAACAAAAAAAAAUGUAAUUGUGUUCCGAAAAAUUGACAAUACCCGAAUAAAAAAAACAAACAAAAAAGUCAAAAUAUUAUAGUAAAAGCCAAAUUAUUCUCGAACGACCAAAAAAAAGAGAGAUGUUUUUUUUUUUUUUUGUUUUUUUCCCUUUGUUUCGAAACUGACACUACCAUUUAGGGUUGUUUGGGUUUCUUUAACGGUCAAACGAGAGCAUGGCAGGGAGUGACAGUGCUAACGAGUGUGGUGCCCUUUAGCGAAAGGGCAUCGCCCCCACGUGAAUGACACGAUUGUUAUUAAGAGGAAAACAAAAGGAAUCUUUUCAGUUUUUGCUUGUAUUGUUUUAUACGACUGUUAAUUCCAGUAUUCCAAUUUGUUAGGUAGGUUAUAACGCUUAUGUGGGCUAUGUAUAACUGCAGAAUAUGUACACACAAACAAAAAAAAAGUACUGCCUCCUGUCACUCCUCUCGGAAGCUAAUGGUACAGACUUGUAAAGUUAUAAACGGUUGCUUUCCUUUUCAGAACAUCUGUUGUAUGUAGUUGACUUUUUGCUGCAAUAAAGCACUGUAUGAAGAAACUUAAAA